AUGAAGAGUAGAAGCAUCUUAACAGCGGCUCUAGCCAUAGCGCUGGUAGUACUGGUUUCUGAGAGCUAUGCCCACAGGGAUAGGAAAGGUAGGAAAGGUGGGAAAGGUCGCGAUCCGCCGCCUCAACAGCCCCCAAUUGCCCAACGUCCUGUUAUUGGAAGAAAAUGUAUAUGGAGUGACUAUGGUGAUGAGGAAUAUGGGAAAUGUUCUGUUAGUUGUGGGGGAGGCACACAACAAGUGAUGCGUUACAGGUACAAGUUAUACGGUGAUGCAGAGACCGGGAAUCUAGAAUGUAUUGGUUCAAGCUUCAUGUAUGUGAGAACCCAAUCGUGUAAUACUCAGUCAUGUCCAGGCCCUCAAACUACUCCAAAAAAGAUCAUUCCACCUGGACCAGGCCCUCAGCCGCCUCGACCUCAACCGAUUGUCCCACCUCCUGUCCCAGGGAGAAAAUGUAGAUGGAGUAACUACGGACGAGAGAAAUUUGGCCCAUGUUCUGUAAGUUGUGGAGGCGGCACACUUAGAGUGACACGUAAAAGGAACAAGCUAUACGGUAUUGCAGAAACCGGGGAUCCAGAAUGUUACGGUUCGGACACAGAAGUUAUUAGAACACAAUCAUGUAACACUCGGCCGUGUCGAGGGUGUAGAUGGAGUAACUAUGGCUCAGCAACAUUUGGUCCAUGUUCUUCACGUUGUGGAGGUGGCGUAUUAACGGUUACACGUACUAGGACCAAGAUAUGGGGUCCAAGUGGGGAUCCAGAUUGCUAUGGUUCUAACACUGAUGUGAGAACACAGUCAUGUAACAUGCAGCCGUGUCAGCCCGUAAUCAUCCCACAACCACGACCCGUUCCGCAGCCUAUAGUCAUUCCGCAGCCAAUCCCAGUUGUCCCGCAUCCAAUCCCAGUUGUCCCGCAUCCAAUCCCAGUUGUCCCGCGUCCAAUCAUACAUCAAAAUUGCCAAUGGGGACCAUGGACGAGAUGGCAACUACUGGAACCAUGUUUCACGUUCGAUCAACGAUGUGGAGUUGCGAUGAGUCGACGAUCACGCCGGUGCUAUUGUAAUGGGAUUGAAGUGGAUCCUCGACACUGUACUGGUAUUGCAGUAGAACAAACCACGAGACCUUGCUGCGUCGACCAUCCUGGACCUCAACCACCUCAACCAGGCUGUGGCAUAUGGGGAAAGUGGAUGGAUGUUCCUGGAAAAUGUAAUCCACCAGCAGAUUGUACACCACUUGUUCCAGUGGGUAAGAAACGAGAGACAUGUGUCAUCACGACAUACAAAUGCCAAGUAGUAAGGCAGUGUACACCAUGUCCAGGAAUACCAAAAGGUUGCAUAGGAGUCGCAUUCAAAACAGAAGAUCGCCAAUGUUGCAAAACAGGUCCAAAGCCAACAACAAAAAAACAGACAACCCCAAAGAAGACAACCCCAAAGGCGACAACAACAAAACCAGCGACAACAACUAAAAAAGUAGAACAGUGUCCAAAAUAUACCUGGGGACUAUGGGAGGACUGUGAUAAUCCUGGUUGUUCUCCUUUUCUUGACCACCCUGGUUUUCCACAGAAUAUAAGACGAAAACGACAGCAGCCUUUUAGUUGCGUUAGCGUAGAGGAAACAAUUUGUAAACGCGUUAGCACGGGCUGCACUAAUUGUGGCGGCAAAAUUUGCCCCAAGGAGCCGCAAUUUGAAAGAAAAAAAUUGAAAUGCUGCAAUGUCUAAUGAUGAACUUGAAACACACGUCCAAACCCCAAACCUGAAACAGUAAAAUAUGAAACAAUUAUGAUCAACAUAUCUUAUCUAAAUUUGAUUACGUAAUAAAGGCCAAUUGAUUCUUGCUGCAAAAGAAAAA